AUGAUCAGCCUCCAACACCUCCUAGGAGCCCUCGGAGCCAUCGUUGGCAUGGGCCUAGCCCUCGCCCCCCUCCCCACUAUGAUAGAUAUAAUCACCAGCAAGUCCACUGGUGACUACACUCCAAUGCCAUACACCAUCACACUCGUACAGAAUCUCAUUUGGGUUGCCUACGGCCGAGUUACUCCGAACAAAGGCGAUAUUGUUUUCGCCAACACGCUCAGCGCGACUGUUGAAUUCGCAUAUUGUCUGGUUUUCUGGUUAUUCGCUGCCACUUCAAAACGUCGACAACUUCUAUAUCUCUAUUUCGGAGCUACCGCCUUUUUGUUCCUCACUGUCAUUGUGUGUCGAGCUGCAGAUGCUGGUAUCAGUACGAGCAUUUCCCUCGGGACGAUCGCUAGCAUUUUGAACGCUCUCAUGUACGGCUCCCCCCUAGCUGUCAUCGGCGUCGUCAUCAGAACUCGCUCGAUUCGCUACAUGCCUUUCCUGCUCUCCUUCAUGACCCUUCUUUGUUCGAUCAUAUGGUUCGCCUGGUCCGUAGUUGCUCGAGAUCUCUUCGUAUUUUUACCCAACGUACUGGGUCUAGCCCUUGGAGUGGCGCAGGUUGGCGUUUGGUUUUAUUAUCGAUUCUAUGGUGAGAGGGAGAUUGCCAAUGAAAGAGAGAAUGAAGAUGACGACGAUGAUGUUGAGCUCCUCCAAUAG